CCCAAAAAAAAAUAAAAUAAAAAUAAUCUUCGCUUUCCAAUAGAUUCCCUCCCUCCUCCAGCCCUCCUUCCACUCUCUAGCCUCUAUUUUUUUUAAUAAAAAAAAAAAAAAAAGGAAGAAGAAAAACCUCAGCUUCGUUGUUGGCAAUUGGCAAUAGGUAGCAUGGCGGCGGCAUCGGCGCAGGAGCAGCAGGCAAGGGAUGCGGAGAGCUGCAGGGCGAGAUGGGCGGGGGCGGUGUCGGCGGCGCUGCCGGGCGUGCCGGCGGGGCGGGCGUGGGCGCUGCUCUCCGACUUCUUCGCCAUCCAGCGCUGGCUCCCCGGGGUGGCGUCCUGCGAGCGCGCCGGCGGCGGGAGCGUGCGCCGCGUCGCGGACGCCAGCGGCGAGCAGUGGGCGCUGGAGGAGCUCCUCGCGACGGACGCGGCCGCGCGGAGCGUGCGCUACGCGGUGCUCGACAGCAGCCUCGGGCUCCGGGGCUACACGGCGACUUUAAAAGUCGCGCCGGAGGAGGAGGAGGAAGGGCGGGGCGGGGGUUGCAGGAUCGAGUGGUCGUUCGAGUGCGAGCCCGGGGAGGGGUGGAGCCGGGAGGGGUUGGCCGCGUACCUCCACGCCGGGGCCAAGGCCAUGGCCGAGAGGGUGGCUGCGGCGGUGCGCGCCGACGACGCCGCCGCCGCCGCCGCCGCCGAGGAGGAGGAGAAAGCGGAGAAAGUGACUAGCAAGUAAGUAAGUCUGUUGGUUCAGAUCGAGUCUGCAAAACUUAUAGAUCCGAUUAUUUUUGCUUUGUACCUCCUCCUCCUCCUAAAUAAGUAACAAUUUAAUUAGAGUUUAAUUCUUGA